CGGCGCUGACGUCAUGGUGUCCGUGUAGCUCAUGGUUUCCACUUAUUUGGGGCAGACUCAAUCCUGCAAGCGAUUUCACCUUCGCUGCAGCGACAAAACAAGCUUAAGCGUCUGAAAGUGAUGGUGUCGGACACUGGCGUCGACCGAUAUGACGCUUUGUGAGGUGAAGCACGUAUUACACACAUUAAUCAAACGGGAAAGCGGGGCUCGAAAAGGUGCGCAAAGCUCCUGUAAACUGCAGGUUUGGAGAAUGAGAGGUGGAAAAAUAUCGGAAAGUCGUAGUUUUGGUGUGAUAUUUAUAAACCGUAUGUCUAGUCAACGACAAAUAAAAUGUGAGAAAGGUUCGGUUUUGGCUGUUAGCGUGGCGCCCUCUUGUGGCGGUUCACAGUAUCAACAUGCGAAAGCCAACAUGGCUCCUUAGUUACCACACGCUCCUGCUUGGAAACGGACUGAUGCCAACAAAAAACUCUUUAGCUUGUUUUCUGUCAGGUUCAGCACAGAAAGUUAAUUAUGGCUCAGGGUGAAAAGCCAAAGCAGCGUGGUGACGAGGAGGCCGUCAAAGAACUGUGCAUUGUCAAUGGACUGUCCUAUGAAAAAAUUGCAGAGGAUGGGAGCACCAUCAGCUCCCUGGAGGUCUUCUUCUCAGGUUAUGCCCGCAUGGUUGGGCUUUCCCUCUUCCCACGGCUCUGCCAGCUCACUCUCGUUGGCCAGAGUAUAAGCCACAUUCAAGGCCUUGAGUGCUGCCCUCUGCUCCAAGAGCUCUGGGUGGUCGAAUGCCAGCUGACAGGAAUAUCUGGACUACAGAAUUGCCCUCAGCUGCAGAAACUGUACCUUUAUGAUAAUCAAAUCAGUGAAAUACAGAAUUUGGAGUUGCAAGUCAACCUGCAAGUGCUUUGGCUCAACAACAACUGCAUAUCUCAUAUUAAGGGGCUGAAUACUCUGAAAAAACUGAAAGAACUCAACCUUGCUGACAACAGCAUCGAAAAAAUAGGACAUGGCCUUGAUGCUAAUGUCAACCUUGAGAAUCUCAAUCUGUCGGGGAACAAAAUCAGCUCCUUUAAGGAGCUGACCCUCCUUGCCCAUUUACCUCACCUGAGAAAACUAGGACUGAGGGAUCCGCAAUCAACGCCAAACCCUGUGUGUCUGCUCUGCAACUAUGCCACACACAUCCUUUACCACAUGCCUGGCCUCCAACGACUUGACAGCUACGAUGUCUCAAGCAAGCAAAUGAAAGAGGCAGCUGAGUGCAUGGUAAUGAAGAAAAUGAUGUACUACAACAUGCGUGUGCACACUGCUCAGAGGAACCUGGCAGAGACCCAGGCCAGUCUGAUGGAGCAGAAAAAUUCUCUGUUACAGUUACCUGAGGAUUGCAUCAGGACACUUAAUUAUGCUCUCAAAAAUCUGGAGUGUGAGCUCUCAGAGGUGCAGGCCAGAUGCAGGAAGUCUGCCCGCACGUGGGAGGAUGGCCCAUCCUCGCUCAGUGAAGGUUCAGUGGACAGCAGCGACAUGUCUGCUGACAUCUGCCAUGAUUCCACCUUAGAGCACAAAAUGCUCAGCAAGAUGGAAGCACUGAGGGAGAGGCUGAAAGUAUGGAACAGGAGGAUAGAGGCGAUAGAUGUGUGGUAUGGGCAGGAAUUGGCCGAAGCCUCAAACAGGAAGGAGUACAUGGUCAACUUUCUGUUGAUAGAGCUGGAGACUGUCGGAAAUAUUCGUUUUGAACAGGGCUCUUCCAAAGACCCCUGGUUCACUCCCUGUCACGACCUCCUGCUGUCUCGCUUCUCUGCCACGGACUGCAAGAGUCACGGCAUCACUGGCAUCAAGAUCACAUGUAUCAUCCGCAUCCACAACCGUGCUUUGAGGCUACGGUUUGAGGACAAGCUUCACUCCCUGAUAACCAGUGAAGAGUCUGCUGGGUUUUCACAGAAUUACAAACGCUGGCUGGAGUACCUGUUCUACGUAGCCGAUCCUAAACGAACCAGUGAUAAGAACGAAACCUUGCACAUUCUGGAGGAGGGGUUUCCAGCAGCAGAAACAUAUAAGGCCUUGGGAAGAGAGAGUGCUGUGCCCUUAUCCAACAGCCUGAAUGUGUGUGAGCAGCCCAGGAUAGAGUAUGCACUGUCUCAGGCCGGCCAAAGCUUGUCCAAUCAACAUGUGGAUAGUCUCCCCUUCAGACACGGUCGGAUCAUUGUGUCAAAAGUAUUCCUGGGCCACAGGUUUUCGGCCCGACUGGGGGAGCCAAUAGACAGCAGUAACUACCCCAAAGCCCACUCUGUGUAUUGCAAUGUGAACUCCAAUGAUAGAGCUACGACAAGUGACGAGAGACGCCACUCCCCCAAAACACACAGUGGUCCUGAGUGCAGCCCCAGACGGAGACAGUGGUUUGUGUUUGACCAUGAGCUUGUCUUGCCUGAGUACAUCAUUGAUUUUGAAUACAUCACCGAGCACCAAGGCCACUCUGCCAUUCCUGACCUCGGCACAAGCAGUGAUGAUGUUCCUUCCAAUGAUAUUAGCCUGGACCAAGAAGCCCUCACCAUGGAGCCUGUGUUGAAACCACAGCCCAAGAUGUUGAGCCUGGAUGAGAAAACUCUGCUCAGAGUGGCCAGAGCCAAUGUGCUCAGUCAGAUAACUGUGUUGAACCUCCACGGCAACAGUCUGAGCAAGCUAAAGGAGAUUUCCUGCCUGACAGCUCUGCGGCAUCUUACCAUCAGCUUCAAUAAGUUCACACGCCUUGAUGACAUCUCACACAUGCACAACCUAGAGUUUGUGGAUGCUAGCUAUAACCUCAUAGUGACCCUAGAUGGGCUGAAGGGACUGGGACGGCUGAAACAGCUGGACUUGAGUUGGAACAAGCUGACCAAAGCUAGAGAGGAGACGGCAGUGCUGAGAAAACACACUCCUGCUCUGCUGAAACUGGAUACCCGACACAACCCCUGGCACAGGCCAGAGGCAGUCAGAAUGACCAUCCUGGGCCGUCUCAUGACCCUCACACACCUGGAUGAUGUGCUUGUGACAGAGGAGGAGGCUGCUGCUGCUGUUCAGAUGGCUGCUGCAUCCAAAAUUAACCAGGCAUCUCUUCUGGCACACUCCCGUACAGUCAGCGAGCGUCCCCGCAGUCUCAGCCUGCUUUCAGCAGCCCAGCUCUUAUGCCAACUUGGUCCAGCACCCUGGGGCCUCAACAGAGAGUUGGAACCAGGCUGGACUGCAGAGAUCACAGCCCUGAACCUGGACAGCCAGAGGAUUUCCAAACUGACCAACCUGGACAAGCUGGUCAACUUACGCUGGGCCUCCUUCAAUGAUAAUGACAUCUCUAAAGUGGAGGGGCUGGACAACUGCCUGCACCUGGAGGAGCUUUCCCUCAACAACAACUGUAUCAGCACAUUGGACGGACUGUCUAAACUACACUGCCUGAUUAAGCUGAGUGUGAAUGGGAACCAGCUGUCUUGUCUGGACGCCUCAGUCCUGGACCAGCUGCCCCACUUGCACUUUCUGUCAGUGGAGAACAACUGUAUCAAGUCCAUGCAUGGGAUCCAGAGGGCUCGUUCCCUCCUUGAGCUCUAUAUUGGCAGCAACCACAUUUCUACCACACGAGACAUUUACCAUUUGAAGGGAUUGACAAACCUCAUUAUUUUGGAUCUUUACGGGAAUCCUUUAGUGGAGAAACUGGAAAACUAUCGGAUAUACGUGGUGUUCCAGCUGCCUUCCCUAAAAGCACUGGAUGGGAUUGCGGUGGAAACAGUUGAGUGUGAGAAUGCAAAGGAUGUGUUUGGAGGGCGACUAACUCCUGACAUGGUGGCAGAGAAGCUUGGCCACUCUAACUAUGCAGAAAUUACCAACCUAAGCCUGCAGUCGUGUUUAAUCAGGAUGGUUGACUUGGCUCCAAUAGACCUAUUUCACAAUCUGCACACUGUGAACUUAGAGCACAACAAUCUAACCUCCUUCUCAGGCCUCAUCUACCUGCCCAACAUCAAGGCUCUUUGUCUGAAUUAUAACCACAUCGAGUCCAUCCUGCCCAGACAGAGAACUGGGGCCCACCUGACUAACAGACAGAUACUAUACAACAAAGUCAACUCCAGUGGCUACGGCCAGCAGAGCCCAUCCAAAGGCAACAGGGAUGCUGGGCCCAUGGACAGCCUGGAGCCGCUGAUGGGCAGCCUGGAGGUGCUGUAUUUGAGUCACAAUGGCAUCUCCAAUAUGGCCAAUCUGCAGCUCAGCAGGCUCACCAAUCUGAAAGCACUCUUCCUUCAAGGUAAUGAGAUCAGCCAGGUGGAGGGCUUGGAGGGGCUGUACCAGCUCAGAGAGCUGGUGCUUGACCGAAACCGCAUCAAGUCCUUUGCAGAGAACUCCUUCAUAGCCCAGAAUGUCCUGAUAGAGCUGCACCUGGCGGAGAACCGCAUCCGAGAGCUCAACCACCUAGAGCCACUCACUGAACUCUGCAAGCUGUUCCUAUGCAUGAACAAGCUGCAGGACAUUGCAGAGCUUGAAAAACUAGAAGUACUUCCCUCACUGACUGAGCUCUCCGUUGUUGGCAAUCCUGUGGCCCGACGUUCCCUUCACAGGCCAUCAGUAGUGCUACAUCUCUCCAGGCUCCAGGUCCUGGAUGGCGCGAUGGUCACCCUAGAGGAGAGGACCAGGGCUGAACUUCUCCUCACAGAUGUAGCGUCAUACUCCCAGUGCCCAGGGGCUUCUGUGCCUACUAUGGAUAUGAACCUACCUGGACUGCUGCCCCCCAUGUCUCGUAACACCACUCUGAGAAGUAUGGGCCUGAGUGGGGGACUACAGAACAUCUUGGUGCGCGAUAUCCUGCCAUGUAAUGUGAACGAGGUCCUACCUCACGAUAUAUCGAGGCACAAGAAGCACAAACAUGGUAGUGCUGCCCGCAGUAGUCAAGCAGAGAUCGGCUCCAGGCACAUCAGAAGGACAGGGAACAGCCUGCCAACCACAAGCCUGCUUCUUGAUGUAAGCAGAGUCAACAGUGCUUACCCCUAUCAGGAACAGGACAACAGAUUUCCAAAUAGUGGUGUUCCCAAACCUCCACCCAUGUAGCAGCUUUGGGAGGAAGGCCUUGGGACUAGCAUGCUGAUGCUGAGUGGCAAUCACCAAGCAAACUUAAGGUGAACACGUGGCGGUUAGCCAUGAAUGUAGCUAUCUAAUUGCCCCGAGAUUUCAUUUUGUCAGGUGGGAUUUUUAUGUCCCUCCACUGUGGUGCAUGGUAUGCAGGACAUUAUGUUUCUGUGAUGUCAUCUGUUUGUAGACCUGUCCUUGAGAACACAAUUGCUCAAUAGUACAUGGCAUAAACGUCAUGUGUGUACACAACAAGUACCCUCUACAGAGCAGUUUUAUGAAUUUGUAUAGUCAUGAGGAAAAAUGAUGGGGCAUGAAGCAACUGAAGUGCCUUUUGCUUUCUGACAUGAAGAUUGAAGACUUCAAGUGGACUUUUGAAAAAUGGCUCAAUGCACAUGUUUAUAAUUAACAUUUGCUGCUUUCCUGAAUUCUGGUUUAAAUUAAAACUACUUUGGAAGAAAAUAAGGCUAUUUGAUGUGGCCAUGUAGUAUGUCCCUUUUAAAUGCGUACAUAAUGACUGUGACUACCAUUUUCUAUCCACAUAUGUGGAUCACUAACCAUGGUAAUCUGAGGAUGAGAGGUUUUGGUGUCAUUUCCACUGCUAUCCCAUCCUUACCCCUAAACAAGAGGGAAAAAAAACACCCACAGAUGCAAGGGCGUGUGAGGCUGGCAUACUGUGUCCAUCGGGUCAAAUGGAUCCCCAACAAGUGGAUAAUCCAGCUUUAGCACACCUCUCUGUGGACAAUAAUCUGCAGUCACUCAGAUAAAGAUCUAAUCUUGAAUGAGGUCCAAAUGGAUUGCAGAGAUUGUCAGUUUCAUCAUGUUAGCCUCUUUUCAAAAAGCCCACCACGAUUUUCCCCCUAAUAGGCAAAUCUCAUGUGUGGUAACUGGAAAUGAACCAGUCAGCUACUCUAUUCGACAGUUUGGAUGAUGUUAGUUCUGCAGAAUAUGACAUUAUAAUCCUUCCUGUCUUGCUGUCAAUCUAAUCUAGUAGUCCUGUGGUUAACACAAAUACCAAUCUGAGCCAUAAUGAUAACUGCCUUAGAGUGCACGAUAUGCCCUACAUUAGGGGAUCUAAAACCUUUUUUUUUAAUUGCAGGACCUCCAAAUUGAUAUUCAUUAGGCUGGAGGUUUCUGUCUGAAAAGAGCCUGACAUUACAUGUACAGAAGAAGCCCUUACCAUACAUUCUCUCACUACACAGACUGCUGUUAGUGGAUGAAAAAUAUUUCCAAUUUUGUUUUAUAUCAUACCAAGUACUCCUAAGAGGGCAAACCAUAUCUUUGGACCUGGUUUUGGUAAAAUAUGACCUUUGUUCUUGCUAUUAAUUGACCAGAGGUAUGCUUUUCUGUUUUAUCCUUUCCUUCAAUGUCAACCUCUGAUUUUGUGCAUCAGUGGUGUGACUUCUGACCACUAGGUGUCCUUAGUACUCCAUUAACUCUCCCAUUAUAACACUACAAAUCAGUCCUUAAUUAAUUCACCUCUUGUUUUUUUAGACUAUGAUCUAUCUAUCAAUCAAUCAAUGAUGUGCAGUUAUGCUGCAGGUCAUAUUUCCAGCGAGUGUAGUCUUGGCUGCAGAUUUUACACAACAGCCUGUCCUAGGCAGCAAAAGUGAAAGGCUCUCCCCUAACGAGCUCCUCUAAUGCAUGUACUUAACUUCACUUAAUUUGUGUUAAUUCCCAGCAUUAAGCUGGGCUAAUGACUGUGCAAGUGGGUGUGCUGUCAUUACCUUACUCUGUCUGACAUCAAAUGGCAGCUGAUGGGCUCACACUGGGGGAAAAAACCUCUUUAAUGCACAGAUUUGGGGGCUCAGUGAGAGUGCUCUAAUGCACUAGGUAUUGCAAAGGAUAAUUACAUACUUUAUAUUUGUGUACAGUAUAUAUGUAUAACUGUUUUCAUGGAAUUACAUUUCCGUGUUUAGUAGGGCUGGAGUGAGUAUACCACUUCAUACAGUAUGUUUCUCCUUGCAUAACUGUCAGUAUUUUUAACAUUAAAAUGACAUUAGCAUAACGAUUGUGAAUAAUUCAUCAGUCUUGAGUGAACCCAGAUGCACCGGGCUGCCAUCUCUCUCUCUCUCCCACUCUCUCUCUCUUUCCCCCCAUGUGAGUCGACCACAUGGUUCAUAGCUGGUUUAAUGGGAUGGAAUGUGACAGGUUAUGUUUUCAUCUGCUUGAUAUGGAGCCUAGCCUGGGAGGGAGGGAGAGAGAGAGGGAGUGGGCGGGAGGGAGAGUGAGUUAGUCUAUACAGCUAUAGUCUGGAUUCAUAAUUAGACAUGUUUGCGCUUGUUGUGAAUCAGUGAGAGAUGAUGCUCUUACCCACAACUGACCCCCCACCUCACCCCCCACCCCCCCUCCUUCCCCAACACACACACACACACACACACACACACACACACACAUACACAUACACACUUAUACAAAAACACAUGCUCUGUAUGGGGCCAUUACUGCUGGUCCACUGACUCCCUACAUUCUGCUGUGUCUGUGCAUUCAGAGCACCAUUAGUCCAAGACUCUGUGAAUAAUUGCUGAAUGGCCCAUGUUUUCACUGCUAUCUACUCAGGUUCCAGUGUUGGGGGUUGAGGUCGUGGGUGAAGUGGCAGGGAUGAGGACAUUGAUUGAUGUUUGAAGCCAGUCAAAAAGAUAACAUAAAGUGUCUUGUACAUUGCUGAUCAAGGUACCAUGUAUAAGUAAUAUAGGAAAAACAACAGGCCACACAUGCAUUACACAUUUAGCAGCUUGCAUUAACUUUAAGAAGUGCUUCAGAUGAGGUUACAAUUACAUCAUUGUCAAUCUCUUGGAAUCGCUUGAAAUUGCUAUUGUGAAAAUGAAAUGGUCUUUUGGGUGCUGAUGGCAACCGAAUGCGGGUCAUCAUCAAAAUGCGAAUGAUUUUGUUUCCAGAGGGUGCAUAUUAUGUCGCAAGUUCAUUUUUCAGCCCCACAAAUAAAUUCUUCAUUCAAAAAUCAA